AGGAUAUAACAGAAAGUGGAGUGAUAGCCGGGGGGCAGCCAAGAGCAGCGUCCGUCAGUCUAUCGCUGCCUUUACUCGACAAAGCUCGCGCGGGAGGCUCGUCACGGACGCUCGAACCUACGCUUUUUUCGUGAUUACCGCUAAUGGCUAUGAACUUUAUCAACGCUGUUUCUAUGAGAGAUUGAUUUGUUGUUUCAGGAUACACCUGUGCAUGGAAGGUAAAGAUGCAUAUUAUACUCACCGUGUUUGUCUACGCAUUGUGCGUAUCUGCUGAUGAAAGCGAAGAGAGGCGAUCCAAGCUCCCGUUCAUCGCAGAUGCAGUUGGUAAUAAGAUACCACGACCAUCGAGUGUACCGGCAACAGUGGGCAGUCCAGUAAAUUUAUUGACACCCGACAGAUAUGAAUUUUACACUUUUGAUGAAUCCGGAGAACUUGUCAAAAGAUUAAUGACCCUUGAAGAAAUUCAGGCAAUAGUUGCAGCUGGCGAAGAUACGGACAGCUUAGUAACUUUUGCUAAUGAUGAUAGACCUACAAUUGCGUUUAACUUCAGUGAACCUCCAUAUACAAAAGUCCACAAUGUAGUUACAAAUGUACAGAAUGUUUUAAAAGCUCAAAUGGAAGCACAUAAGAAUAAUCCUCAUUUACAACCAACCUUUGAUACUCCCGACGUAUCAGAUUCUUGGAGUUUAAUACUACCUUCCAUAUUUGGCAAUACAGGAGUGGAUAUUGUACCAGAAAAAACUUCCAACUCUUUCAUAACACCAGAAACAGAUACUAUUGAUAUUGAUAAUUCUAAUGGAGACUAUUUAUAUGCAUUUAGUAAAGAAGCUAGCAAUCCAUCACAUUCAACGGUUUCCACAGAGUCUGCUGAUCAAAGCAAGAUAACUUCUACUGCUAAUCAAAAUUCUAAAACUACACCUGUAACUACAGAAAAUUUUGCAACUAGUAAACCAAUAGUUUCCACCACAUCUCCGAAUAUUAGUCCGCUUAUUACGACUGAAAAAGUUAAAGAAUCUUCUUUUUCUACAGUUAAACCUCCGUCUACUGUCACAACGAAAGUAUUCACUAAUAAAUAUUCAACGAAUGCCAAUAUAAUAACAUCGCCAACGGAUAUCAGCAACCCAACUGGUAUUUAUAUUAAUGGAGAAAAAAAUACAGAAAAAAUCGAACUCACAACACAGGUAACAAAAACAAUGGGUGGUAUAAUUGACAAUCAAGAUACUGUUUUCGUUCCUAUAUCGACAGUUACGUACAUCACUGAAAGAUCUACAAAAAAACCUACUAAAAUUUCUUCAUCAAAACCGUCAAGCUCUACAACUUUACAUACAACGGUUGAAUCAGGUAUAUUUUUGAAUAAUAAUUCCGAAGCGGUUUUAACAAGCACACAUAAACCACAAUCAACAUCAGAGCUUAUACCUGCAUCAUCGAGUAAAAAUCCAGAAUAUGAUCAUAAUAAUUUAACUACUAUAACAACACAAUCUGUUUCACCAUCUACGACCAUGUCAUCAACGGAGAUAAUUCCUUCUAGCCACGAUGGUAUGAACGAAAACGUUUAUACUAAAGUUGAAGAUCAGUUGCCUCCAUUAUUUGAUGUAGCGCAAAGUAUAAGUCAAAUCGCGUCAGAUUUAGGUAGCAACCUUGAACCUUUGCCAACUACAAGCAACAUGUUGGAUGCAAAUAAGUAUAAUCAUAAUAAUAUCGACAUAGAGAGCAAAGAAAACAUUGAGAUUGAAAUUCCACAAGAUACUGAAAAAGCAAAUGUAUCCGAUUAUGGAAAUAAUACAAUAUCUGAUAAUUACGUUAAAGUUACUAUGCUAGAUCACUCUAAAAACACUGAACAGAAUGUAGAGAAGAAUGAUGAAGACAGUUCUAAAAUACAAAUUGCAGAAGACUCAACCUCGCCAACUACAUUGUCUCCUACAGAACUUACAACAGUUGCCGACAUUGAAGUAACUACUAUCGAUCCUAUUUUAUCUGAAUCAAUGGGUGAUUUAAUGUCACAAGUUGUAUAUCAUAACGAUGAUAUUAAACUACCUGAAAUAAGUGUCGGCGUCAAAGAAAACAACAAGGAUUAUCAGGAUGUAACUACGUCUAUAAGAGGAACCAAUGAAAUUGAUAUCACUACGACUGAAAUGCCUAUUGAGGAUAUAAUCACAUCGACUGAAACGAAUGACAUCAGUAAAAAUGAAGAUAAAAAAGCGGUUCUAAAAGAAAACGUGCAAACUUCAGUUGUGAAGAAAGAAAUAUCAUCUACUACAGAAAGAAUAAAUAAGAGUGAUGAUACGCCUACAUUUGUGCCAAUAUCUUCAUCUGCGCAUGAUACACUACUAAACAAUACCGCUAGUUCUAUAAAUAUUUCCGACUAUAAAUAUAUCAAUACAAGAGUUGCAACUAGGCCACAAGUUCCAUUAUCGGAGAAAUCUGAUAAAAAACAGAACAGCAAUUCACAAACAAGUUUAUUCAAUAGUCAAAAUAAAACAAACACCAGCACACACACAGCACAAUCCAAUAAAAAAAUUGCUGUGUCGACUUUGAAUAAAAACAUUACAUCUUAUGAUAACAAGAUAAACACAGUUAAAAAUAUUGCGUCUAAUGAAAACAAAUUAAAUGUAAAUAAAAACAUUGCGUCUAAUGAAAAUAAAAUAAGUGCAACAGAAAAUAAAAAAGUUGAAAAUAAAUUAAAUAAAUUAUCUGAUAUUCCAAAAAUGGAUGAAUUCAAAAAGAAAAUACAGAAAAUAAACAUUGAUGAUAAGGAAUUAGCAAAUGAACGAAACAAUUCUUGGAAGCUUAUACCUACAGUGCCUCCUCCGAAACCACACAGUGAAGUAGGCCAUAAAUAUAAACCUGAAGGCUUUUAUACUCCAGAAAAUAAUGCGGAUAAAAACAUUUUAUUGGACUUUUCUAAAGAGAAUCAAGGUUUGGAGGUUACAACUAAAGAUUUAAGUGAAGAUAUUUCACAGUUUGUUGAAUUAUGUAACAAACUAGCUUUUCAAUAUUGGAAUGAUAUUUCUGGGCAUAUAGACAAGAAAAGGAGUUUUGUUUUUUCACCUUAUGCUAUUACAUCUAUGCUAACUAUGAUGUUUAUGGGCGCCAGAGGAGCUACAUCUGGAGAAAUGAAUGAAAUUUUAAAGUUAGAUGAUAUGGUCACAUUUAACCCACAUUUCACCUUGAAAAAUAUAUCGGAUUCUAUAGAUAUAUCACCAGCUUCAGGUGUAGCGGUCUCUGCAUUCAUAAGAGAAAUUUACAGUGACCGUAGCAAAGGUAAAAUAUUAACUUUCUACAAAGAAAGAGCUCAACAAUUUUACAACGGCCAUGUAGAGGAAGUAAACUUCAAAUUGAUAAGCGAUAUUAUUCGACGAAGAACAAAUCUAUUAGUGAAAAGAUAUACUUAUGGUAAAAUAAUAGAAUAUAUGAAAACCAAUUCUAUAGUUAUGCAACCACCACUUGCAGCUUUUUCAACGAAUAUAUUCGAGACUGAUUGCUCGGGUUCAACUGUAGAUGGCAGAGAUGGAGAGAUGUACUUCGUUGUAUCGCCAAACGUACGUCAGAGAAGAUUAGUUCCUGUACCGGCAGUAGUGUUCCGAAGCAACUUUUUGGCUGGAUACGAUCCAGUACUAGACGCGACUGCAGCUGCUUUAGGAAAUACCAACUCAGUAAUAAGUACUUUAUUCUUAAUGCCUGGUCAGCAAGGCAACAUUGUACACGCAGAUGAUUUGGAAGCUCUUGAGAAAAGAUUGCUGGAUUCUAGCUCAUCUACACCAGCGUGGAAUCGUCUAUUACGAACAUUGCUGCCACGUGUUGGUCUUGAACUUCAAAUCCCGAGAUUCUCACAUAAAUCGAUAUUCAACGUCUCAUCUUCUUUGAAAAAAAUGGGCUUAAAGGAUUUGUUCGAUUCAGAACACGCCGACUUAGCUGGUAUUAACGGUCCAUCUAAAAACCUAUACUUGUCGGAUAUGAUUCAAGUUAAUUCAUUCGUUACAUGUGGUGAAAGCGUAAUAGGGGAGCAGCAUCAUAUAGAAGAGUAUCCUGAAUCAUUGGAAAUAGUAGAGAAGGUACAAAAACGCAGAAGCUCUAGAUGGUUAAACUGGGAUGAACCAAGGGAUUAUCAGAGAGCAUUCCACGAUCCUCAUGAUGUUGGAGAAGCGAUGCAUUUACCAUUACAUUUACGACCAAGGCAAGCUCGCCUACCAGCAAGAAAUGCCCAGCCAGCGCGAUUAAAAUUCGACAGGCCAUUCCUAUACUUUGUCAGGCACAAUCCAUCAGGAAUGAUACUAUAUGUAGGAAGAUACAACCCAAGACUCUUACCUUGAAAAAAUACAGACUGUUAGUGUAAUUUAAUUUAUCGAAUUCCUUUAAGGAGAGUGAUACAACAUACUGGCGCGUGGAUUUAUCAAAGUUUAGUUAAGGCGAGCAUUUACGUGACAGUAUUACUUGUUUUUGGUAUGCAGGUACCUUGAUAUUAUGUCGAACGUGUUUCUUCGUACCUUCAUACUAAAU